AUGAACCGGUACUCUAGGGUUUGGCGACUACGGGGCGACGGCCUGCCGCCGCCGCCACGCACGUCCAUCGCCGGCGAGGACGGCACCAGCUCCGCACGGGGAACCUACCCCCGGGUCGGACAUGUUGCGGCUCAGUCCGCCAGCGCGGCUUCGUCCGCCAGCGCGGCUCCGUCCGCCACAGCGGCAUCGUCCGCCAGCGCGGCAGCGUCCACUAUCGUGGCUCCGUCCACCGCUACGGCAGCAUGCGCCAGGUCUGCAAAUUUGAGGAGAUCUCCACAGGAGGUGGAUGAGAUCAGGGGAUGCCAAUUCCAGUCAGAGGGAAGUGACCAUCCAGAUGGAGCAGAGUUGGGAACAGAGUUGGGAAGGGCUCGCAGCAGUUUAUGUGCAGAAGGUGUGCAGUUUGAUCCCGGUGACUCAGUCAGGACUCCUUGUGCCUUACUGACGCCACCAUCGCACAGGACGACAUUUGCAGCAGCAAUGAACGGAUUGGUGUGGAAUUGUCGGGGAAUCGGCGGCUCCCGGACAGUUCGUGACCUUGUGACCCUCAAUCAAGUACACCAUCCUCGCUUUAUCUUCUUAUGUGAGACUAGACAAAGCAAAGAUAGAGUUCAGCGACUGCAUAACCGGCUUGGUCUGAAAGGCUUUGCUGGUGUGAGUAGUGAAGGGCUAAGUGGAGGAUUAGCCCUCUUCUGGGAUGAGCACUUGUAUGUGGAGAUAAAAGAGGCUAAUCAGAGAUACAUUGACGCACACAUUGGUACAGCUCCGGGCAAUGUGACAUGGCGAUUAACUUGUGUGUAUGGCGAGCCCAGGGUGGAGAAUAGAUACCUUAUGUGGGAUAAAAUGCGGGAGCUUAAAGCAAAGUCAGACUUACCAUGGACUGUUGUUGGCGAUUUCAACGAGGCUAUUUGGCAGUUUGAGCACUUCUCCCUCACUUGCCGCGCCGAGAGCCAGAUGGAGGCCUUUCGUGGAGCUCUGGAUGAUUGUGCACUCACUGAUCUUGGAUUUAGAGGCGUCCCUUUCACUUAUGAUAACAAACGUGCCGGCAGAAAGAAUGUCAGAGUACGACUCGAUCGGGUCGUCGCGAAUGAUGUUUGGCGGGAUAUUUUUCCGGAUGCCUCGGUGGAACAUAUUGUAACAUCUUGCUCUGAUCGUUGCCUCCUGCUAGUCCGGUUCCAUGCUGAACAAUUGGUACAGAACAAGAAAAGAUGCAGGCAAUAUGAGAUCUUUUGGGAGAGAGCUUCAGAACUACCCGAGAUAAUUGAACAGGCGUGGGCUGCUGCUGGUGAUAAAAGCGACCUAGAGGCCAUACAAAAUUGUCUCAGCAACGUCAUGAAGUCAUUACAAGGUUGGAGCAGCCGCAAAUUUGGCAAUAUUUUAAAACAGCUAAAGGAGGUGCGCACUGAAUUGGAGGAGCUGUUAAGCAGUGGUGCUGAUAGUGCCAAGGUUCGUGUGGUGCAAGAUAAGCUGAAUGAGUUGCUGUACAAAGAAGAGAUGUUGUGGCUUCAAAGGUCAAGAAUUAAUUGGCUUAGAGAAGGCGACCGGAACACUAAGUUCUUCCAUGGGAAAGUUGUAUGGCGAGCUAAGAAAAAUAAAAUCACAAAGCUAAAAGAUGCAAACGGGAAUUGGAUAUCUUCCCCAGCCGAGCUGGAAUCUUUGGCUACCGCUUAUUUCCAGGACCUCUUUACUCGUGAUGCCAACCUUAAUCCGGAGGAAAUUGUCGCAUUAUUUGAGAACAAGGUCUCGGUGGAGAUGAAUGAGAUGCUAUGCCAGGAGUUCACGGACAGAGAGAUUUCAGAUGCGCUGUUUCAAAUAGGGCCCUUAAAGGCACCUGGCACAGAUGGUUUUCCUGCGAGGUUCUAUCAACGAAACUGGGGCAUUAUGAAAGAACAAGUUAUCACAGCAGUAAAGAUUUUCUUCGCCACAGGAAAGAUGCCAGCUAAUAUUAAUCACACUGCCAUUGUCCUAAUACCCAAAGUGGAUCAACCAAUGACACUCAAAGAGUUCCGGCCCAUAAGUCUUUGCAAAGUGCUAUAUAAAGUGAUUGCUAAGUGUUUGGCAAACAGAUUGAGACCCAUUUUGGGAGAGAUUAUUUCCAUCAACCAAAGUGCAUUCGUUCCUGGGAGAUUGAUCACGGACAACGCGCUAGUGGCUUUCGAGUGUUUCCACUUCAUUGAGCAAAAUAAAAAUCCAGAGAAGAACUUCUGUGCAUAUAAGAUUGACCUCUCAAAGGCGUACGACCAUGUGGAUUGGGGUUUCUUGGAGAAUGUGAUGAAAGGCCUAGGUUUCGCUCACCGGUGGAUCGAGUGGAUCAUGUCAUGUGUGACCUCGGUGAGUUAUUCUGUCAAACUUAAUGGAACCUUGCUGGAUUCGUUCCUCCCGACCCGUGGUCUGCGCCAAGGAGAUCCCCUAUCUCCCUUUUUAUUCCUAGUUGUGGCAGAUGGAUUGUCUGCGCUGCUCCAAAGUGAGAUCAAUAAUAGUUAG